AUGGACCUCGGCUUGGGCCUGACGUAUGUUUCUUUCUCCCUCCCUUCCCCAUUCUCUUCGAAAUGUCUCCAUGCUUCAACUCCUAAAAUCAACCUCCUCCGACCCCGUUUCGCCUCGGUGAAAGCUGCAGACAUCCCCCAAACAACAGCGCCGAAGAGAGUAAAAUCAACUCCUGCGUCCGUGCAAAAGAAUGCUCCACCAUUAGUCACCAAGGGCGCGUCUGCACUCGCGAAAGACGCGUUUAAUGACGCAGCAACCAAAACUCCGACCUCAAAAAGUCCGCCUCAAAACACACUCCCUCCACCGCCUACUGAAGAGGAUGCCAGCAGUGCCCCACUCCCUCCCCCGACACCCGCUGUCGGUAUCUGGCUCAUGUCCUCCGCAGUCCUUGUGCUGGUGGUCGUGGUCGUAGGCGGAAUAACCCGAUUAACCGAAUCGGGGCUGAGUAUCACUGAAUGGCGGCCAAUAACGGGAGUAGUACCGCCUCUGUCGAAAGAGGCAUGGGACAAGGAAUUCGAAAAGUACAAGGCCACACCGGAGUUCAAAAUGCUGAAUCACUCCAUGACCGUUGACGAGUUCAAACGCAUAUUCUACAUGGAAUGGGGCCACAGAAUACUCGGGCGUCUUAUUGGGCUUACAUUCGUUGUCCCGUUGGCAUAUUUCACCGCAACCAAGAAGAUUUCUAAACCGCUAGCACUCAAAUUGAGUGGUCUGGGUCUAUUAAUCGGCGCACAAGGUGCCCUCGGGUGGUACAUGGUCAGAUCGGGACUGGAGGAUUCGUUGCUGGAAACUCCAGGCGCAGUUCCCCGCGUGUCUCAUUACCGUUUGGCAGCCCAUCUUUCGAUGGCAUUCGCAUUGUACCUUGGCAUGUUCAGCACCGGAAUGGCCAUUAUCAAGGACUGGCGCUUUGUCCGGACCGGCUCAGCUGGGGGUCUACCCCUCGCCUCAUUCGACCAAGCUCUCAAUAACCCGCUCGUUAAGCGCUUCAAGUCCCUCUCGUGGGUUUUGACGGGCCUCGUAUUGUUGACCGCGCUUUCUGGUGUCUUUGUGGCCGGUCUAGACGCCGGAUUGAUCUACAACGAAUGGCCUCUGAUGGCGGGCGGAUUGGCGCCGCCAGCCGACGAGCUUUUGUCCCCGACAUAUGCGCAAAAUCCAGACAAGAGCGAUCUCUGGCGCAACUUCUUUGACAACCCGAGUUUGGUCCAGUUCGACCACCGCAUGCUGGCAACAUCGACCUAUGCUGGAAUGGCGUUCUUGUUUGCUCAAACUAUGCGACCAGCUUGGCGUUCUGUGAUUCCACCGUUGGCUCUGACUUCAGCACGAGCAGCGUUCGCGAUGGCCAAUGUCCAAGUACUCUUGGGCAUCACCACGUUGCUCUAUAUGGUGCCCGUCCCCCUCGCCGCUGCCCACCAAGGCGGGAGUAUAUUGUUGUUAAGCGCGAUGCUUCAACUACUUAUAGCCCUGAGAAGGCCAGGUGCAGCUGCACGUGCCUGGAGGACUUGGAAGACGUCAAAAGUACCACCAGUCGCAUAG